AACACGCGUCAAGAAAGAUUUUUACAGCUGGAAAAUACUUACAGGCGGAUAAACACACAGAUAGAUGGUUAAACGCUGAAAUGAUCCAGAACCGCGGAGAAAACGAGGACGACGCUGUGAGGGCGGAUCUCCUGCGGGGCUUCACACCAUCUCUGCGCUCCUUGUGAGGGGACACACCGAGGAGCUGAGGGGGAGACGGAGAACUGAAGAGGAGGGGAAAAUGCUCAAAGUUUGUCCGCGUCGUGUGGAAGUGACAGCCCGCAAAGCGCCGUCCCGCAACAGCUGCAGAAAAUGAGCAUGAAUUGAACGAAGAAUGCAUGUCGUUUGGGAAAUAUCUGUGAUUCUGCAAACAUAUAUCAUCUGCACGUCAUCAGCUCAGCCUAUUACAUCCAAGCUUGAUGAGAGUUGGUGGGCGUACAAGGAUGUUGUCCAGGAAAGCUUUGUUCCAGUACCAUCCUUCUGGGGUUUGGUGAACUCAGCCUGGAACCUGUGCACCAUAGGGAAGAGACAGUCUCCAAUCGACAUUGAAACCAGCCACAUGAUCUUCGAUCCCUACUUGACCCCUCUGAGGCUCAACACGGCAGGACGCAAGAUGGGAGGCACCAUGUACAACACAGGGAAGCAUGUGUCCCUGCGGCCCGACAAAGCCCACCUGGUGAACAUCUCAGGGGGCCCGCUGGGUUACAGCUACCGGCUGGAGGAGGUCCGCCUCCACUUUGGGAGCGAGGAUUCCCAGGGUUCAGAGCAUCUCCUCAAUGGCCAGGGCUUUCCUGGAGAGGUCCAGCUGAUUCAUUAUAACCAAGAUCUGUACGCCAACUACACCGAGGCAGCUAAGAGCCCUCACGGCAUCGCUGUGGUCUCCAUUUUCAUUAAGCUCUCUGAAAACUCCAACGCCUUCCUCAACCGUAUGCUCAAUAGAGACACGAUCACCAGAAUCAACUACAAACAUGACGCGUUCUUAUUGAUGGGCCUGAACAUAGCGGACCUUUACCCUGACACCACACGUUACAUCACUUAUGAGGGCUCCAUCACUAUCCCUCCCUGCUACGAGACGUCCACAUGGAUACUCAUCAACAAGCCUGUCUACGUGACACAGAUGCAGAUGCACUCCCUGCGCCUCCUCAGCCAGAACGAGCCUUACAAGAUCUUCAUGAGUAUGAGCGACAACACCCGGCCCACCCAGCCUCUGCUGCAGCGUUGCAUCCGAACCAACAUCAACUUCAGCAAGCAGGGCCGCGACUGCCCCAACAACCGAGCCCUCCGCCCACAAUACAGAGUGAAUCAGUGGCUCCUGAAAUAGGAGAUGAAAAGAUGUCGAGCUGCAGCACCCUAGGAGGAGAAACGGAAUGCAUUAUUUUAAUUCUUUUUCUUUUUCACACGCAAAUCAGAGCUGAGCUGAACACGCGAUAACUGAAGUGAGCCUGCUGCUGGAGCUAAGAGACAACUUACAGACAACUCAAUCGCACCUGAGCUCAACUGACCAAACUCCCAACAGUUUGCUGCGGUGGCCUCCUACACAUCCACAACUUAAACACAGUUCGUGCAGGCCAGCACUGUGAGGACACAGAUCAGACUUUGAGUCCAAGGUGUGAAAAAGAGCAUAAGACCCAUGAUGUCUUCACGGUACUAUGUUUUUACUUGUUGUGUAAACUCACAAAGACUGAGAUGUAAAGACUCAAUCAUUUUAAUUUAUUUCUCUGGUUUUCAGAAGAAUGGAUGUUAUCUAAAGACUACAGUAUGUGCUGUUUGGCUGUGAUCAUUACCUGUCCACAUUCAAGGCAAUAAUGAUCAUCCUCUGAUUGGAGGGAUUGUUACAUAUCUGUGGUAUGAUGUGAGAUAUAAAAAUGUGAUGGUUCAAAUAGUAACAAGAAAGAGAAUAUAAAAAAGAGAAUGUAAAAUGUCUAAUAACAGGUGGAAGGAACAGGAAGUGACUGCACCUCUGACAUUUUACAGACCCGAACAGAGGCUGUGUCCGAAAUCACCCUCUAACUUACUAACCCCUACUUCAGCAAAAAAUCAGCAAAAGAAAAAAACGCUUUUGCACACUACUUGGUGCAUUUUCUCUACAUUGGCACAAUACAUUUCAAAUGUUUAUUUUACACUUAGGUUUGAUACUUUUACAUCUCAUAAAAAUGUUAAUUGACAACCUUUUAAUGUAAGAAUUAAGCUGAUGGCCACAGUUUGUGCUGUGAUGCUCUGCUCUGCUCGUAUUUACAUUUGUACGACAGGCGGCUGUUCCUGGUGCCCUCUCUCCUCUCAUCUAUACCCCCCAAGGGCAAUGCAUGAUGGUAUAUAAUGCUCAGUUAGUGACCAUCAGUUGUGCACUACUUUUCAUGAUGCAUUGUGGGAAACAAUGCACUAUAUAGUUCAUAGAGUGCACUAUAUAGGGUAUACAACCUUUCACUAAAGUGAUUUCGGACACAGCCGGAGUUACUGACAGUGGAAAGAGGAUAGGUCACUCAUUUUCCAUGGUUUUGUUAUAGUUCACUUGUCUUCAAGGUAUUCAGUUAAAAAGAAUUGAGAGAAUCUGCUCCGCAUCAGGUCCCUGCUUUGACCAAUAUAAGGGGCAGGCCUCCCCUCUGCAACUUCAAGAGCUCAGAGACACACCAAAAAAGUUUAAUCAAAAGUUGUGAAGGACUACUUCUCUUACGCUAGCAGAAUGACCACCCACUAACCACUUUCCCCAGAUUAUGGCUUUGACAAAAAUCACAAGGGCAAAAAGUGGGAGGAAUUGAUUAAACAAUGUGUGUAUCUGCAACCUACUGCAAAUGUUAGCGUGUCCAGCAAAUUAGCUUAAUUGACAACAGCAUUUUUCAUAAACAGCCAGGGGGCACAUCAUUAGCUUACUACAUUGUUUUGUGAGGUUAUUAAAAUGACUCUGUGGGAGCCACAAUGCUUGGCUAAACCUGCAGGUGACAGCGUUACAUUUGCCAAACUCAUUCACCUAACAUUCGUGUAAAUAGAGUAAAACAUAAAUAUCCCUUCUCUGCUCCUGUCCGGAUGUUGUCUAUAAUUACCAUCAAAACCAUAGGAUACCCUAUUUUUGUUACAUUUCUAUAAUAGAAUAUCUUCUACACUGAUCAUAAACUGCUGACUUUUUGCCUGGAGGAUGCAGCUUUACCUUCGUUUAGCAUUACACCAUGUUUCAAACACAAGACUACCCCUUUUUAGAGGGGUCUGCUAGAAGUAUUAUAAAGGAAGAAUCCACAAUCAACUCAAAUCAUUGUAAACUGAGAUAUGCAUUAUUAUUAUAACAUGGAUGGAUUUCUGUCACAUUUAACAACAGUGAGGGAGAGAGACAAGGUAAAAGUGAUCUUUGAGUUCAGAUCCCUCAUUUCAGAAUAAGAUUUCACUGGCUUGAAAUCGCAUUGAUGAUGAAAACUGCUGUUGAUGAUAAUUAACUCCACAUCUUGUCAUUGCUGUCUGUUUUUCUAUUAACAAGAGACUGCUAAAACUACUAAAUGGUUUAAUUUAUUGAAACUUGGUGGAGGGGUGGGGUAUGAGCCAAGGAAGAACCCAUUCUUUCAAAUGGGUCUCAGAGUGUCCUUCUACAUUAUCAUUUUGUUAUUGGAGUCAUAAAUCUUCAAAUUGUGCCCAAAUAGGUCGAUGCAGUUUGUAAAAAGUUGUAAAAUGAGUGACCUAAAGCAUGCAAAUUGUGGAUGGACACCAUGGAUCAACCAUGGAUCAACACAGACAUAACACUCAUUGGAUUGCUUUGUUCAGUUUGCUGUGAUGUUUUAUGUCAUGAGGGGAACAAUGUAGUUUGAUGCAAAUCAUAAUGUAACUGUAAUAAAUAGAUGGAACUGUCACCAGGGUGGAGAUCAGUGUGAUCAUAUAGAGCUCAGUAGAGAUAUUCACAAACAUCACCACCUUUAAAGCAUAGACUGUAUAUAUAGAUGGACAACGCAUCUCCACAUCCUCCCACUAUCCUGAAAUGAAGCCAAAAUAUCCCUUCAUACGAAUGCUGCCAUCUUGCACAUUUGGAAUCUUCAAGUUCAAGUUCAAAGCGU